UAAAACCCAGCGACACCAUUGGCCUGUGCGCCCAGCUGCUGCACUCUACGCAGGGGUGCAUCCAAGCAAGCUUCCAACUACGGAAAACGAAAGUCGAUGAGGAGGACGGCCACCUGCGAGGGUCGUGUUUGUUCCUGUAAAGAAUGACGAGUACGUAUAGGGAUUCAGGCAGUGCAGGCGUGGAAGAUGAGGAGGAGUUUGUGGAUAUAUUGGAGGAGAGGAGGUGCAGCAGUGAUCUUGGCCAUGCCCUCAGGACCUUCAACCCCCACCCCUACAAAGGAGCCCCGUCCUGCUCCACGGCUGACCUCAACAAAGCCGUGCUGGAGUCCCAGUAUCUACGCUACGUGGCCAAGGAGAUCGCCAUGGAGACGGGGUCAUCGGUGGAGGAGGUGAGAGAGGAGGCAUGUGGGAUUUUGGAGGAAAUGUCUCAAAACCUGCAGCUGGGGUUUAUCAGGCUGAUGGCCUACACACUCAGCAAGGUGUUCAAGAGACUCUUCACCAGCAUCAAUGUCAACGUGGAAGGACUCAACACGCUCCAACAAGCUAUUCAGGAGAGUCCUGUGAUCCUGAUGCCCAAUCACAGGAGUUAUGUGGACUUUUUGGUUAUCUCGUACAUCCUGUUCACCUACGACAUCCCAGUACCUGUUAUUGCUGCAGGAAUUCCUCUUGCAGGGAUGAAGAUGGUCGGAGAGAUACUGCGUCGCUCUGGAGCUUUCUUUAUCCGACGUGCCAUUGGCUCUGACAAACUGUACUGGGCAGUGCUGUCAGAAUAUGUCAAAACCAUUGUCAAGAGAGGAUUUGCUCCUGUGGAGUUUUAUGUGGAAGGUCUGCGGAGUCGUACACUGAAGUCUCUGACUCCCAAGUUAGGUAUGAUGAACAUGGUGUUGGAGCCCUACUUUAAAGGUGAGGUGUAUGACAUCACAUUGGUUCCCAUCAGUAUCAGCUACGACCGAGUGCUGGAGGAAUCGCUGCUUGCCCACGAGUUACUGGGCGUCCCCAAGCCCAAAGAAAGCACCACGGGUCUGCUGAAGGCUAGCAAAGUGCUCCAGGAAGAUUACGGCAGCAUGCAUGUGAACUUUGGCCGUCCCCUGUCAGUCCGACAGCUGUGUCAGGGCAAGAUAAACCGCUGCCAGUACAACCUCAUACCUAGAGAUCUUCCUCAGAAGCCCAGUGCAGAGGCUCAAGCCUGCGUCACUUGGCUGGCUCAUCUGAUGGUACGAAUCCAAGAGGAUGGCUCGCUGAUCAGCCCUUGGUCUCUGAUGGCCUGCCUGUUGCUCCAGGCUCCUACCAAAGUCUUAACAGAGGAGGGCCUGCUGUGGCAUCAGCUCACAGAAAAAACCCUCUGGCUCAGGAAGCUGGCGCUGGACUUUGGGGUUCGCCUCAACUGGCCUGGACAAGUCCCUGACUCGGUUGUGAUGUCUUCCACCGUGGCCCUUCAUCGCUCCCUAGUUCACCGUAAAGCAGGCCGCGUCUACAUGCUUCAGGAGGAAGAGCCUGCGAGGAAAUGUCCAAUCAGCCCAGAGGAGGGUGUGAUCAGGACAGCGGCGGCGAUGCUGAUGCUGGCUUCCUAUAGGAAUCAGUCUCUGCACGUUUUCGUGCGUCCUGCCAUGCUCGCGACGGCCAUACACAUCACAAAGACCACACGGAGAGACGAUCUCUUCAUCUUCUUCUGCUUCCUACAGGACAUCUUCGCCAACGAAUUCAUCUUCAUCCCUGAAAAGUCGUCUCAGGACUUUGAGGAGGCAUGCUCCCUCCUGAAGAAAUGUGGAGCCGUCCACAUCAGUCAACAGGAAGUGACGCCGUCAGACACGGGGCUGGAGGUGCUGUCCUUCCUGCAGGCGCUUCUACAACCCUUCAUAGACUCGUAUCAGGUGAUUUUCAGGUACCUCUGUGAAGAGGGAGUUCAUGUGUUCUCUGAGAAACAGUUCCUACCUGCUGUGCGAACCGUGGCUACAAAGCUCAUCCUCUCAGGUGAGCUUCACACCUAUGAAGCCCUUUCAUCGGACACGCAAAAAAACGUUCUGUUGGCUCUGGGGAGACUGGAGACUGUGACAAAGUUGCGGGCGUCUGAGCAGAAUGAAUACAGAGUGAACAAAGAUGCUGUCGGAAGAAUUGGAGACAUGCUCUCCGGGACAAUCCCUCCACAGAUGCUCCAGACUGCACCUGACGCAAGACUUUAGUCUGCAUUGGAACAGAUCCAUCUUCAGUAUCAGCUCACAGUCCUGUUUACCUCUACUUGACCCCUUCCUCCUUUCCUGCUUCUCUUCCCUCUUCCUCCUCUUCUUCCCUCUGUGCCUUUUAUGCAGUAGAACUGCUGCACCUUAACUCUGCGCUCAGACAAGAUACUUUCUAUCCUGGAUGCCAGCGGCCAGACUUAACCUGGCAGUGUGCCACUCUUGAACGUUCGCUACCUCCCCCUCUCUGUGUCCUUGCUCUCAUCCCUUGCAGAUCUGACAGGGCUAAGAUAAAGCUACAAAGACCUGAUAUGGUGACCCCAAAGGUGAUAGGAUUGCUGAUUUUGUUUGGUGGCUAUAAUCAGAAUUAGUUGAUGAAGAUAGACAUACGUAUGACUGAUGCACUGGUGAUGCCUGUGGAUUAAGAUACCGAACUAUAACUGUAUUUUAAUCAGUAACAUUGUGUUAGCAUGUUUUUGUCCUAUAGAUGUGUAGUUGAUUGACAAGACUGACAUGUCUAAUUGAAUGAAUGAAUAGAGCACUUUAAGAUAAACUUGCUGGUGUAGUAAGUGCAAUUAGAUAGUGAAUACUGAAUUUUGACACUUGAUUGUAUACAAUAUACCAAUAAAAAUCAAAAUACCAUAACAAUGUGAAACGCCAUAACCCAUCAAAGAUGUGAGGUUUCAUUUGUUUGAGACAUUUAUUUUAACUUCUUUACAUUUCAAUAAAUGUAAUACAAAUGUAACAAAAUGCA